AACUAAUUAAGCAAGGCAACUAAAGGAGCAUCAAAUGAAUCAGAUGCAAAACAAUUCGCACUACCAGUCGUCCAUCCCUCACCUGAAUUUCAACAAUCGCCGAUCAAUUUCCCGAUACACAUCCACCAAUUAGAGAAAUCCAUACGCAAUUGGUUGGAGCAAAACCCUAAGAGGAAGCUUUAGGGAUUGGCCAUGGAUUAUCUCGGUCCACAUCAGGACAAGGUCUGAUAUCAUAUCCCUCUUUUGCAAUCAGUUGAAGUGUUUUAUAUGAUCUUGUGCUGUUUACUGGGUACUGGGUUUUUCUAGCUUUGGAUAUUUAAGUUAAUUUCAUACUUGAUCUGCUUGAAGUACUACGACUUGUUAAACUAUAGUCAAUUAAGUACAUAUAUAGAAGUUUCGCUGGUAAGUGAAGAUGCAGUCUGGAAGAAAUGAAGCUCAUGGGACACUACCUCCAGCUGCUAUGCUGCAAAACCGACACAUGGAUGAAAUAGACCAUGACCCAUAUCAGGGUUCAGGUAUUGAGGUCGUGAAACAGUCUCUGCAAAGAUGGAGGAACGUGAGCCCUCCCGUGGUAGAUGGGCCUCAGGGGGUUUUGGUUAGGGAGACAAGGAGUGGUUCCAUUGAGAAGAAGGAAUAUGCCCGGCAUUACAGUAGUGGCAGAAGUAAAAAGGAACGCCCAAGGUUGCCUUCAUAUAGGCAUAUGCACAAAAUAGCUCACUCUGAGGAGGAGAUUGUGAAUAGGAAGUGCGAGUAUGAUCCUAUGGAUUUUGAACAUGGUACAAGUUCUAGAUCCAAGCAUGUUUACAGGCACAAUCAUGGUACUUCUAGGAUAAGGAAGGAGAAUCACUAUCUUGAAAACAGGUUUGUGAGUGUUGAUGGGCAUGCAGAGUUGAGUCAGAAAUUGAUGCCAGUGGAAGAUGCUGAAAUAAGAGGGUCAGGUCAAUUGCCUUCUGAUUUGGGUCUUAUCAAGUAUGGAAAAACUGGUGGGAGUCCACCAUCUUCAUCAAAGGGUAUGGAUAUAGAUCCAUAUGAGCAUGAAAAACUUUGCCAUUGGGACUCAGUAGCGUUGGAUAAACUGAUGCCCAUUGAAUCUUACGAAGGGGAGAAACACAUGUUUCACUCAAGGGAUGUCUCAGACAGCAUGAUGCCAGCAUCUCAAUCCAAGGAUUUUGCGAGAACCUCUUCUUCUAUUGCAAGAAAUGAGUUUCCCAGUUCCUACAGAGGGAAUGGUGCACCCUUGUCCUUGUCAGGAGAAUAUCGUAGGACUAGUGGGGAAGUUGCAGAACCAGUAGGUUUUAGCACAUACAAGCAGAGGGUAUUUGCAGAUUCCGUGAGAAAACCCACUGCUGCUAGGAGGAAUGUGACAUUUUAUCAACGAGUUGCAUACAGCCCUGUCAGGGCAGAUACUGAGGACUACUCUUAUGGUAAACCUGGGGAAAUGGUGAUUGAUGAUUGUAGGUAUCCACCUGAAGACUUAAAUAGGAUGCUGCCUCCACAAACUCAAGUUAACCAUGAUCACAUCAUGGUGGAUUAUGGUCAUGAUCACAUCACAGUGGAUUAUGGUCAUAGACACAUUUCAAGACCAAGCAUUUUGUGCCAUGGUGCAAACAGAAUUGAUGGUACUCAUGAUUCUAAAGGGAAUUCAAGAAAAAGAAGCAUAUGGGACCAUCCUUCAACGCAAAAACAGACAAUUUCAGAGUACAUUGAUGUGAACAAAUCAUCUGCAUCAAAGCAAGCUGGUGAGUACUUGGGUCUAGGAGACAACUGUCUUGAGUUUGGAAGGUCAGAAAAUUAUGGAGCAUCUCAUUUUGAAGCAUCCCAAGAUCUUCAGGCAUCAAAUUUUGGGAGAGGAGCAGGUCCAGAGUUUCAGAAAACUAGAUCACACUAUUCCCCUUUGUCUAAACAGGAUUCAGAGAUUGAAAGAAUGGAUCUAAAAACACAGAUAAUGAAGGAAAAAGAGUUUCAUAUGUAUGAAGCAUCAGAUAGAAUUAUCAAAAGAAAAUAUGCUGCGGAGGAAGACCUUUGUAGGCCUAGUUUUAAGAAUGCAAUGCCUAACAAAUUGACCGCAUCUCAAGACUUUGAGGGUGCAUAUGAGGGUGAUGAGUGGGUUUAUGAAGAAAUGAGUUACCAACAAUAUUCCCAAAUAUUGGGCACUAAGGAAUAUAGAAAAGUUGGGAGUGUAUAUGAGGAGCAAGAUCAUCGUGCAGAUUUGACAUCUGAUGACUGGUAUGCUACUGAAGAUUCUUUGGUACCUGCACCAAGGCCUGGAAUCAGAUUUUUUAAGGAUAGUGGUAAAUUUGUUAAGGGAAAUUCAAGACAUCAUUCUUUAAGUUGGCAUGCCUCAAACCACCGUGACAGAAGAAGCAAUCUUCAGAGACAGAUCAAAGUUUGGAAAAGAAAUGAUUAUUAUGAUGAGGAUCAGCAAGCAAAUGAUUGUGACAUAUCGAAAGAUUUAGCAAAUCUUCCAAAAUCUGAACCAUCUGAGGAAACUGAGGAAACUGAGGAAUUUAAGCAACUGGUGAAUGAGGCAUUCUUAAAGUAUUCUAAAAUGUUGAAUCAGACUCAGACUGUGCGAAGAAGAUACAAGGAGCUAGGAAAAGCUGGUAGCUUGUUUUGCAUCGUAUGUGGUAGAAGCUACUCAAAGGAGUUCAUAGACACCCAACGCUUGGUAAACCAUGCCUUCAUGUCUCACAAGGUUGGGUUGAGGGCACAACACUUGGGUCUCCAUAAAGCAGUAUGUGUUUUGUUGGGAUGGGACACCACACUCCCUCUUGACACCGUAACAUGGGCUCCCCAGGUUUUGCCUGAAGCAGAAGCAGUGGCUCAGAAGGAAGAUUUAAUCCUCUGGCCUCCAAUUGUUGUCAUCCACAACAUUUCCAUGUCAAACAACAUUCCACAAGAGCAGAAAGUCAUACCUAUGGAAGGAGUUCUGGCUUAUCUUAGAGGUAAAGGCUUCAUUACUGGAAGAGUCAAUGUGAGCCUUGGGAGGCCUGCAGACCAGAGUGUAAUGGUGGUUAAGUUUUUGGGCACUUUUCCUGGACUGGCAAAUACAGAGAAACUUCACAAGUAUUUUUCUGAGAUUAAGCGAGGAAGAGUAGAUUUCCAGAGAAUCAUAUCCAAUGAUGGCAAAAGCAGUAGCGGCACGAAAAAGGGUAAGGAGGGGAACAAGAUGGAGGAGCAGCUUCUAUACGGUUAUAUGGCAAUUUCUGAGGACUUGGACAAACUUGAUUUCAAUAACAGGAAAUGGAGCGUGAUAAAGAGCAGGAAGGAGAUUCAGGAGCUGGCAAAUGAUCCUGUCAAAGUCGAUGGUCGUUAGGUAGCAGUUUCAAAAUCAAUAGCACUGCUGUCUUUAUAAAUUCUCCUCGAAGAAUAACAUGAUCCUCUUGUAAAACUUAAUACUCAAUUCCCCCCUAGACCCUAGUUGUUUUAUCCUCUUGUAUUUACUCAAAGUACAGUUUCUGCCGGACGGUGCACAAACGAUUAUGAAUACCAAAAUGUUGUUACCGAAAGUAGAGAAGGCA